ACCAAAGAAGAGAGGCCUGUGAAGCGACGAAGCGAGAGACGGCGAUGGCGAACGGCGAUGCGGUGGUGGACCUCCGAUCAGCGGCGGAUGCGGUGUCGGUGGAGGAGGACGAUGCCUCUGCGGCGCCGCUUCACCAGGUCGAGAGCCUCUGCAUGCGCUGCGGCGAGAACGGCAUCACGAGGCUUCUCUUAACUCGGAUUCCGCACUUCAGAGAGCUGAUUUUGAUGGCGUUUGAGUGUCCUCAUUGCAACGAGAGGAAUAAUGAAGUUCAGUUUGCUGGUGAAAUCCAGCCUAAAGGUUGCAUUUUCCGCCUGCAGGUUCCGGCUGGUUGUUCUGAGAUGCUCAAUCGGCAAGUUGUUAAGUCUGAUUCUGCGACCAUUAAGAUUCCAGAAUUGGAUUUUGAGAUUCCUCCAGAAGCUCAGCGUGGCACUCUUUCCACUUUGGAAGGGAUACUCAUGAGAGCAGCAGAUGAAUUACAGGCUCUUCAAGAGGAACGCAAGAAGGUGGAUCCUAUGACAGCUGAAGCUAUUGACCAGUUCUUGUUAAAAUUGAGAUCUGUUGCAUCUGGAGAAGCAACAUUUACAUUUAUUCUUGAUGAUCCAGCGGGAAAUAGUUUUAUUGAGAACCCUUAUGCUCCAUCCAUGGAUUCAUCACUCUCCAUCCAUUUUUAUGAACGGACUCGUGAGCAGCAAGAAUCACUGGGGUUUCUUGCUGAACCAGCCACCGGUGAGGAGACUUCAACCGCGGAUGAUAACCUUCCUCUUGAUGGAGUGCAUAGGGGGCCUCAUGGUUCUGUUGGAGCUAUUGCUGGUCGUCGUGCAAUUGCUCAGUGCAACAGUGAUGAAGUUGCUGCUGCCUUUUGUAGAUAUUCAGCACCAGAAGAGGUUGACACUCUUCCGUCAUCAUGUGGUGCUUGUGGGACGGCAUGCGUGACUCGUUUUUACUCAACUAAUAUUCCAUAUUUCCGGGAGGUUAUUGUUAUGGCGACUACAUGUGAUAUGUGUGGUUACCGAAGCUCUGAGUUAAAGGCUGGUGGUGAGAUUCCUAAAAAGGGCAAGAGGAUUACUGUAAGUGUGAAGAACAAGGGAGAUCUUAGUAGAGAUGUGAUAAAGGCUGAUACUGCUUCUGUCAAAGUUCCUGAGGUCGAAUUGGAGCUUACAAGUGGCACAUUAGGCGGCAUUGUCACAACAGUGGAGGGGUUGAUUACUAAAAUUAGUGACAACCUUGAGAGAGUACAUGGAUUUAGUUUGGGUGAUAGUACUGAUGACUGGAAAAAGAAGAAGUGGCAUGACUUCAAAUUACGGCUAACCAAGCUUCUAGAGGUGGUGGAACCUUGGACUUUGAUUAUUGAUGAUGCGAUGGCAAGUUCUUUUGUCUCACCUGUCACAGACUCUAUAGAAGAUGAUGCUCAACUGAUUGUUGAGGAGUAUGAGAGAUCUUGGGAGCAGAAUGAGGAAUUAGGCCUCAACGACAUGGACACAUCUUCUGCAGAUCAUGCUUACAAUACAAACUCAGUUUAAUCUAUUAAGUCAAUUUAUUUUUGUUGUAACAUGUACUCUAGUGGUCUCAUUUAUUUUGUAUUUUUUUAAUUGGUCUCAUUAAUUUUUUUCCCAAGAUCAUUCAAACACAAAGUAGACCAGUGACAUAAACAGUCUUGUCUUUUUUCGUUUUUUUUUCCCCAUUUUUUUGCUUGGUACUGUAAAGACUUCCGUUUAGACAACCUUGAACUUUUGGCUUUCUUUUAUCUGCAUAUUCACAUACAGAUCUGAAAAGUAAUCAUACGUGUUGGAACUA